AAAAAACGUAAGAACCACUGCUACAACUUCGCAGGAACAACAGGAACACCAUUACAACUCCCGCGACCAGCCUCGGGGCAGCUCCCUGUCCGCGGGCAGCGUUGGGGAAGACAAGGCGGGGGACGGAAGUUACUGUACUAGCGGCGGCUCGGGCUCCCCCGACGUGGACAGUCCGGUCGUACUUCUUACCGGAGAAAAUGCGAGUGCAAGGAGGCGCGACGUGCAGGAGCUCCCGGUCAAAGCGACGCUUGCGUCCAAGGAGUUGCUGCAGAUUGCGACCAAAUACGUGGCCGUGACCUCCGGUUUUGUGCACAAGCUGAGCCAAAUCACCGACUUUUCCUGGCUGCCGCAGCAGCAGCUGGAGCGGUGCUCGGAGCGGUUGUUUUCCCUGAAUCGAUAUGCACUGCAAAAGUAUUGUGCUCGUGGUCGUGGUAACCAUCGCAGUCAUGCAUUACAAAUCUACUUCUCAAAGUAAUUGCGCAAUACAAAUUAUGUUUCUAAUGCUGAGCAACUUUGUAAUGCUGUUUAUACUAGAUGCUUUUUAUACUUCUGCAAUGCAUAAUCGAGAAUUCUUCAAGGAGGAACAGGCCGUGUUCGGGGAAACCAAAAGCUUCGAUGCUUACAUAUGACCUGCUCAAACGUUACAAUCUAAAACGUUACAAUUGCAUCUGGAUUUUGUGUUGCAUGAUGAGCAUGACAGACUCGGACAGCAUUCCCCUUUCUGCAAUACAAAUUUCGCCAGAUCAUUCUAGUGCGGUUUGGGACUCCAGAACGUGUCAUGCGCAAUCCCAUGAGAGUUAGCUAGAUACUGCAGCUCUUGCAUCACAGAUUUGGUGGAUUUCUAUAUUCUAUGGUAACCGAUUUGAGAUUGUAACACCUGAGCGGGUCAUAUUACAUGCGGGAAGGGGCGGGUACCUGUACCUCGCCGGCCCACCAACCACACGACGAGAAGGGCAAGAGGGACGAGGACAGAGCAGCGAAGAUCGCCAUUACCGAACACUAUCUUGCGUGAAGACCUCCCCACUCCAGAGUCAUCAAGUUGGGAAAUCUGCUAGACAAAUCGACCAGCUUAGGCUGUUGCGCAUGACAAGUUUGGCCUCGUAGUGUAGUCGCGUUUAGCUAGUGCAGCAGCAUCAGAGACCUAGCAUGCCGCGCUGAUUUGAGCAUGACAAAUCUCACAACGCCACUAGAAACUUCUUCGCAUGGGGCUCCGCAUGAGAAACAAUUUAUGCAUGAAGAUUUGCAAGAUGGGGACGUUUUUAUGAAUGAUAAACACUCCGCGGUGUUUGAGAAAAAGCUGGUCCGCGAAGGAAGGAGAGAGCUGAUAUUGUGAAGAAAAAUUCCCCCUGUUCGUAUAGAAAAGAACAGUUGUGAUGCUGGAUUUGCAUACACAAAUCGACUUGUAUUGGUAGAAGGCCAAGAGACGCAGUGGCGGACUCAAUUGCAGGCGAUUUGUCAUGCUGUAUUCCACUUUCAGUUGCCUUCUGUCAUGCUGAAGCUGCAAGGCUUUCCCAUACCAGACAGCUCUACAGUUCGCAUCUUUAUUUGCCUUCUAGCAUGACAAACUGACUUGUGAUCGCAAAUCCUGCUACACAAAUGUCCGUUUUAAUAUGGGGAGGGGUGAUUUUUCAUUUUGAUAGCUGAAGGACCGGCGGCUGGAGGGGUAUCUGGACUUGUUUGUGAAGUCGAAAGAAGUAAUAUCAAAAGAAAAAAGUUCGUCACGAUCACUCAUGGGCAUUUUUGCAAUACAAAAUUGUCUGUCAUGCGUAAAAAUGCAUCACAGCCACACUUUUUCAGGGAUUUCCUUAGUGUUUCUGCAAUACAAGGAGAAGUUGUGAUGCUCAAAAAAUUUGUAAUGCAAAACCUGCAACUUAGUGACUGUGACCAACUUUUUUCUCUCCAUAAGUAAAGUGCGUGUUUGAAUUCAAGUGCGUGCAGAAGUUGGAAGUGGUGCACGAGAUCCAGCUGGUAUCAAAUGCAAAAAUGUCUGGGUCUGGGAGAUCGCGAGAUUUGUCAUGCUAGUCUGGCAUUACUCUCUCUGACCUUUGUAUUGCGUGGCCGCGAAGAGCUCUUCCUCCCUGUCAUGGUGCAAAAACGCAGUUUGUGAUGCGGAACACGCAACUCAGAAGCAUGAAAAAGACUUGUCGUGCUUGGGAGCGCAUUUUUACUGUGAGCUCACUAUAAUUCCCUUCCUUGCAUCACAAGUUUCCAGACAUAGAGGACAUAUUUGCAAUGCAUAGCUGGCGCUGUACGCCUAUUUGAACGAGCUGGCCGUGAUCGAGGAAGAGCAGAAAAAAGCCCGAGCGGAGUUGCGGGAUCUGUUUUCAUCGAGUUUGGUGGGGAUUUCCGGGGGGGACGAGGGACCACGACCCGAGAGUUUGUGCGCAAGGCUGAAGAUUUCCGCGAACAUGGUAAGCUUAAUUUCUUGCACAGGGUUCGUUCGACGUAAAUGUUGAAUGACAUUUAUUUUCUCUCCUGUUUUUUUCUCCAUUUGUGAUAAGAAGAUUGCUCUAGGAUGAGCAUGCAGAUCUGCUCGUGUGGCAACGCAAUGGCAGGCUUUGGCAAUUCGGGCCUAGUAGUAGUAGCAGGAUGAUAUAGCUCCUAGCAUUGAGCGGGGCGAGUUGUGAGGUUUUGCAGAGAACAGAAAACGAAAAAAGGGAAACGGAGUCCGCGCCUCCGCCUUUGCGCUUUCGCCUUUGCGCUUCCGCCUUUGCGCUUUCGCCUUUGCGCUUUCGCCUUUGCGCUUUCGCCUUUGCGCUUUGGCCUUUGCGCUUUCGCAAAUCCCGGCGCUUCCUCUCUGUUUGCGCGGUGAAUGGCCAAACCCCCGCCCUUUCCCUUCUGGUGAAUGGCCAAACUCCCGACCUUUCCACUCUGUUUGCGUGGUGAAUGGUCAAGCCCCUGACCUUUCCAGCCUUUUUGCGCGGUGAAUGGUCCAGCUCCUGGCCUUUCCACUCUGCUUGCGCGGUGAAUGGUCAAACUCCCGCCCUUCCCCUUCUGGUGAAUGGUCAAACUCCCGCCCUUCCCCUUCUGGUGAAUGGCCAAACUCCCGCCCUUCCCCUUCUGGUGAAUGGUCAAGCCCCCGGCCUUCCCCUUCUGGUGACUGGUCAAACUCCCGACCUUCCCCUUCUGGUGACUGGUCAAACUCCCGACCUUUCCCUUCUGGUGAAUGGUCAAACUCCCGGCCUUCCCCUUCUGGUGAAUGGCCAAACUCCCGGCCUUCCCCCUCUGGUGAAUGGCCAAACUCCCGCCCUUCCCUUUCUGGUGAAUGGUAGAACUCCCGACCCUCCCCUUCUGGUGAAUGGCCAAACUCCCGCUUCUACAGAUACAGAUACUGGUCGCGCUCAUCUCCCCUUCUGGUAAAUGGCCAAACUCUGGGGAUUUCCGCGAACAUGGUAAGUGCGAUUUCAUUCCCAGGGUUCGUUCGUAAAUGUUUGAAAAGGUUUUUUUUCUCCCCUGUUUUUUUCUCCAUUCCCUUUGUGAUAAAAAGUUCUUCUCCUGCAGAUCUCCUGGUGUGGCAACAACGCAAUGACAGGCUAUGGCGAUUCGGGACUAGUAGGAUGAUAUACCACGACUUCAAACUGGAUUGAUUUGCUUUCCAACUGUUCAGGCGUUGCGCGCAAAGUUCAUUCACGAUGAAGAGAUCUCCGAGUUUUCCAGCACACCCUCAAAUAAUCCCUGUGGAAAUGAUGAAGACGACUCGCCGAAGCGGCCGGAGGUAGACUUCUCGUUUCAACAAGCUCCCGCGGCGCACCGCGACACAAGAACCAGCGCUGCGACAAAUCAAAAUGUCGCGCAUCUAGUAGAGAUGUGUCCGCAACUCGGGCCGGCAGUGGUAGAGCGGAUUCUCGCGAAACACAACGACAGUUUGGAAGCCGCUCUGACGGAGUGUUUGGAAGUUGCUGCCGCUGCGGCAGUGCCAGUCGUUGUACGACCACCGCGGCCCGUAGGGAAUCAACAAGCUGGCACAGCUGAUGCAGCUUCCUCGUCUUCUUUACCUGCGUCAUCAAGUUGUAGCAGGCCCGCGCCCGUCGCCCCGCCAGGGCGGGAAAAGAAGAGGCCGAGGAGUUGUCAGGGCCGGCGCGAGGACGAGAAAAUAAACUACGAUAAAGCUAAGACGGAAGAAGUUAUCGUCAUCCCAGACACACCGUCUUCUUGUUCGAAUUCUCGGCCUGCAACCCCGGUUUCGUCGGUUCCGGACGAGGAAUUUUGUUCCCGGCCACCGACACCGUCGUCAGGUUCUCCGAAAAGAAAGAGGGUAAAGCGCGAGGAGGAGGACGACAUCAGGGAGGAUGAGGAUGCUUCUGUCGGGAAAAAACUACUACUACACGGUCGUGCUAAAAAAGGCGACUCGCAGGUUGACAACGACGAAGAAAACGACGACGAAGAUGAGGAUGAGCACGCGCUUCUUUACGGGGUAGGAAGCGGGGUGGGCGGUGCGGAAGAGGAAGACGAAAAGAGUUUGGAUAUGCCAGUGCACAACUCCCCCUCCCCCUCAUUUGUAUUGCAUGAGCAGCAAGACAAACGCCAGCGACCCUGGAGCCUGUGCAUGACAAAUUUAUGUACCUGCUGUAGUACUGUUUGGGCUUUCGACAUUUGUCAUGCAUAAUAGUGACGCAGGGGAGCAACUGGAAUUGUGGAUUUUGCAUGAGAAAUGAGAACGAGGGGGAGCUAUGUUCACUAACAUAUCGGACGGCGGGAGGCGACAAGCCGGCGGCGGUAGUGGUACCACGAAAACUACUGGGGUUGAAGGCUUGCGCAAGAAAAAUCUUCUACUUCUUCACCAAGGCUGCAAAAGUGUACGAGACCGAGCGUGCCCCCGUGACGGGCAUCAACAAACACGACGGGCGGGGAGACGAGAUACUUCUCCGGCCGCUAUUCCUGCCGCUAGAGGUUCAGGAGUACAACAACAAGAAGAAGAUCAAGUGUGUAGUUCUACAACUUUAAGCGAGCAAGCAAACUUGAUUCAGAGGUCUGCGGCCCAUCUAUUCCCGGAAAUGUGCGAUAACAGUGCGACGGCAGGAAAGAGCGGAUCUGGAUCUGGAGCAUCUACUUCAUCCAUGAUUGUCAGCAAUUGUGUUUUCGACAGCAAGUUGUUGGCGAAAAUUUUGAGCACCGAUUAUGAGAGUACGCAACUCCCCGUCCCCCUUGUAGUUUCCCUCAUUUGUCAUGCAAAAUCCCAAAUCGAGUUGCUGCCUGUUGGCAAUGUUUGCAUUACAAAUUCUGCAAGCCGCCAAACAGUACCAGUAGCUACAAUCAGCGCAUGAACUUGUCAUGCGAUCGCUCCAAGUGUGCCGGCGUUUGUAUUGCUGUUCAUGCAGGACAAGUGAGGGGAAGGGGAAGUUGUGCACAGUCAUACCGAGCCGGAGCUGCGCAAGAAGACGGAGACGUUUGUGGACCGGUUUCUCACGGGGGGGAACCGCGAGGAGUUCUUUUGGCGCGCGGAAGAGCGGGAAGUGCAGUUCCGCUACCUGCUCUACAACAUUCUCACCGACGAGCUGUUGGAGAUAACGGCGGAGAGCGUUGGGAAGCUCGUCCAGAUGACCGACUACCUGAUCACGAAAAAAUAUGGAGCCGCCGAAACCAAAUCCGACGCAGAAUUUUUGGAACAUAUCCACAAUAUUUCCAAGCCCUACCUGGACGAUCUCUGACGCGGCGUUUGCCUUUCCAGCGGAACUAAGAACUCCUGCGCCGUUGAGUUGUGAUUCGUAGGUUAGGGUAGGGAUAAUUGGCUCGUCCAUCUGUGAUGGCCACUACUUUGAUGGUCCUUUUAUUUUAAUCUGUAUCAUCCGGAUCCGCUGGUAUGCUACUUUUGCUUCCGCUGUCAAUAUACAGAGUUGUCAAUAUCAUCUUGAAGCGCAGGCGAGAACGAUGAACGCUGACGGGGACUGCAACUUUGGGUGAAGACGGCACUGCCUGUAAAAACCACAGAGUAGUACUAGAGCAAUAAGCCGAUUUCAU